AAUGGAUGUUUUAAACAGACUAAUUACCCGCACCAACGGUAUAUCUUCUGGUUUUGAACGUCUACCACCACAAAACAAAUUAAUUGACGAUCAAAAACAGCAAAAAAGUUGUAAAAUGGUUAAAUUGCCUUGGAAAUGUUGCAAAAAUAAUUUUGGAGAUGUUAAAACUGGUAGCAUUAAAAAUUCAAAAAAAUCGGGAAAGCAAAAUACCCAGAAUACUCUUUUAAAUGUUUCUGCUUCUGAACCAAAUUUAAAUUUGGAAAUUUCAAACAAAAAUGAAGCUUUAAAUACACUAAAAUCUCAAAAUUUGGAUUAUGAAGAGGAUUGUGGAAUUUUAAUUGAUAGUGACCGUGAACGACUCUGCGACAAAAAUGUGGAGAAGAAUUCCCCUAGUCCGAAAAAUGAAAAUUUGCCGGUACGGGCGUUACAACGGGUUCGUGGAAAACUUCCUGGAAGCAAAAAACUUGCUACAGAACAAAGCUUUAAUACUGAAACUUCCCACAAUGUAAUUACUACUACUUCGUCUGCACCAACACUGCUUGUUAAACAAUUUAGAAAACAUGCAAAAAUUACUGACAUGGUUGGGGGCAGCAUUAAAAAAGCUGGAAAUUCUUCUAAUUCUACUUCUGUUGAUUUAACGACUAACAGUACAAAUAACAAUUCUGACAAAGAAAAGAACAAGAACCGUAAAAAGAGUUCGAAUGAUGCGCAACGAUUGUUAUUGUUUGAGGAAGGAAUGGCUAUGGAUUGAAUUACUCUGUUUUAUUGAGAAUAAAAUUAGAAAAUAGAAAUUUUGGCUGUAUAUGAAAGAAAUGCGGCACUCAAUUUUUUCCCUUAUUCUUAAGAUUGGUUAAUUUUCUUAUAUUUUUCUCUCUAUUUUUGAUGUGCCUUAAGACUAUCUUCGUAUUUUGUGCGCAUUUACCUUUUUUCUGUGCGUAUUUUGACUGACCGAUGUGUCUGUCCGAGUUGUCUGUCCGAGUUCGUCCGUGUUUUGUCUGUCCGAUGUGUGUGCGUCCUUUGACUGAAACGGACGAACACAGACGAACUCGGACAGACACGCCAUCUUUAGUCUUAAGGCACAAAUCAAAAAUAGAGAGAAAAAUAUAAGAAAAUUAAUAUUUUUAAUAAUGAGGAAAAAAUUGAGUGCCGCAUUCCUUUCAUACACAGCCGAAAUUUUUUUUGUUUAUUUAAUUUGUAUUUUUUGACUAUUUUCCCCAUAUUAUUUUGUACAUUUCUUUGUAUAUUUUAAUGACCGUUAAGAUUUAUUUAAUAUUAUUUAAAGCUUUUCUUUAUCCCAAUUUUCUCCUUGUAGCGUCUAUUCUGAUACCAUAUUUUCACCUUAAAAUUAGUCAAAAUAAAUUUUUAAAGUAUUCA